AUGCACAGACGAUCAAACCCCAUGUUCAAGAUCUUGGGAAAUGUUCCUAGAGGUUUCCAGGAUGUUGGCACUCCGAAAAUCGAUACCGACCUGAUCAGUGCCUUCCUACCUUUCCUGCCGGCCAGUGUUAUCGUGUUGGUUAUCGAGCAUGUUGCCAUCUCCAAGUCCUUUGGCCGUGUCAACAACUACACCAUCAACCCCUCCCAGGAGUUUGUCGCUAUCGGUGUGACGAACGUCAUCGCUCCCUUCCUUGGCGGUUACCCAUCUACGGGUUCCUUCAGUCGUACCGCCAUCAAGUCGAAAGCUGGCGUCAGGACCCCCUUUGCCGGCGUCAUUACCGGUCUUAUUGUUCUACUCGCUAUCUACGCCUUGACGGCAGUGUUCUUUUACAUCUCCAGCGCCUCACUGGCUGCAGUCAUUAUCCACGCCGUAGGAGACUUGAUUACGCCGCCCAACACUGUCUACCAGUUCUGGCGUGUGUCUCCUCUCGAAGUCGUCAUUUUCUUCAUUGGUGUCUUUGUCACUGUCUUCUCGUCCAUCGAGAACGGUAUUUAUGCUACGGUCUGUAUCUCCGCGGUGCUGCUCCUCUGGCGUAUUUUGAGAGGUCAGGGACGCUUCCUCGGCAAGGUCAAGAUCCACUCCGUCGUUGGCGACCAUGUUAUCGGCGAGGACCAUAAACAAAUCAUCGGCGAGUACGGCACUUUCAACGCCAGCGACAACGCGGCGCGUAACGUGUUCUUGCCCAUUGAUCAUGGCGAUGGAUCCAACCCCGAGGUCACGCUCGACAGCCCGUACCCCGGCAUCUUUAUCUACCGCUUUUCCGAGGGCUUCAAUUACCCCAACGCCAGUCACUCCCUCGAAUACCUUACAGACUACAUCUUUGCACGGACUCGCCGGACGAAUAUGGAAGCUUACGGACGCCUUGGUGACCGACCUUGGAACGACCCCGGCCCAUCGCGCAAGGCCAAGAAGGCGCAGGCUCAGAUGCACGAAGAGGAGAACAGGCCGACGCUCAAGGCGAUCAUCCUGGACUUUAGCUCGGUUAACAACGUCGACUUGACCUCGAUCCAGCAGCUCAUUGACGUCCGCAACCAGCUCGAUCGCUACGCCGCUCCGGAUAAGGUGAACUGGCACAUCGCCUGCAUAAACAACAGAUGGACCAAGAGAGCACUGGUCGCCGCUGGGUUCGGCUACCCCGUUGAUCGCAGCGACGACCUCCAGCACCAAUGGAAGUCUAUCUUCAGUGUCGCCGAGAUCGGUGGCUCUGAUUCUGCUGCCGCCGUGGCGGAGAAGGAGGCCAACGAGAAGGAAAUCUCGUCCCACGGCAAGUCAUCGAGAGCAGCGGAUGAGGAGACGGGCAAAGACGGCGCCUACGACCAGAUCGAUCCCGUUUCCUCAGGCUCCAGGAAGGAUGCUAGCCGGAAGCGGAGGGGAGUUGUCAUUAACGGUCUCAACAGGCCGCUGUUCCACGUCGACUUGACAAGCGCGUUGCAGAGUGCCAUUGCGAACAGUGAGAGCACAGGUCAUAUUGACGAAGAGGCCGGUCCCAAGAGCCCGAGCAGCUCCAGCGAUUAA